AUGUGGACUAGAUUAGCAUAUCUUACUUUAUCAUAGGCAUUUAAUCCAGUAAAAGUUGGUAAAGAAUGGAGAAGACCUAUGCUCAGCAAUCGUUAUAAAGCUUUGUUGAGAAAGCAAUUCAGAUUAAAUAAUAUUCCAUGGAUUGUCAAUUUGCCAAAAGAUGAUAGCAAUAAUCCAAGACAUAAACAACCUAAGGGUACUUUGGAAUAGAGAAAUAGACCUUUCCGUCUUGCAAAAAUUAAAUAAAAUAUUGCUGAUGCUCCUUAAAAAGAAUUAGAAUAUCGUUAAAAAGCUAUAAAUGAAAGACCUCUUUCUGGUUUAGAUGCAUUUAUUCAAUUAACAGUUCCUUAUUGGUUAACUGCUCGUACAAAGGAAGCUAUUAGAGAAGAAAAAACUGGUAAAUCUAGUCAAUCAGUUGUUUCUUUGCAAGAUAAAAAGAGAGGUUUUGGUGCUAAAGUUAAAAAAUGA